GCCUGUUCAACGUUCUCCCCGAAACCCGCACGGCCUUUCUUGGGGAUAGACUAUUCAUUUGAUGUCCAUCCAAGGUCUAGAGAGCAGACGAUGUUACGCGAGCGCCAUCUUUCUCUCUAAAUGGUAAACUUACCACAAUAGAAGCAGUAGUGAGUAGUUGGUGCGCAGAAUGUACUUAUCCAACAGACGUGUAAAGACAAACAUAGCCAGGAAAAAUGUGCGCGGUGGACGUUCGUGUAACCCGAAAGUCCGCCGAUUGACCUGCCAACUGUAAAAUUACAAAAUCUAAUGUAGCACAACACGACUUUGUUGUUAUAUAAUAUUAUAUUGAAGACUGAACAUGUAAGUUUGUUGACUAAAAUCGUAUAAGCAAAGUAUUGCUAAUGGUCACUAACUCAUUGUCCUUAGGUUUUUUUACAGGUUUAACGUAUAAGAUUGUUAUUUGUCUGAUGUGUUGUAAUAAUAAUGUUAACAGCGGCAUAUGAAAUCGUAUCCUGUGUCAGUACUAUUGUUACGUAGGAUAUGGAGCGAAUGGUUGAACUGUCGUUGCAGUUGCAAAAUGUGAGUGUGCGUGAAUAUAAUUUACGCUAAUUGUUUUAAGUUACCUAUGCCUAUUCUCAAGAAUACGCAUGCAACGCUGAUUGCGCGGAGUCGGCAAAUAAUUCGGACAGCUGUUUCUUUGAGUCGACUAUUUCUUGUCGGCCUAUGAGGUACACUGGAGAAUUUGUGAUCAGUGGUGGCUAUAGCACGUAUAUCAGUACAUAACGAAAGCAUAAACUGGCGAGGCUUUAACAUUUACAUUGCUCAUAUUUAUAGAUAAAGGAAUCUAUGUAAUUUAGAAGUAUUGAAUAGUGUAAUACUCUGUGAAGGUUAGUGAUGUGAUGGACAAGUGAUGGUUUAUAUGUGACAAGAAGUAUUAGGGUUCUAACUAUAUGAGAUCAAUAGUUAGAAGAUAUGAUGAUACAGAAUUCAUGAAAAAAUAUUAGUAGAUUUAUAAAUACUGAGCAAUGAAAAGUUGGAUUCCACGGAGAAUAAGGAUAUACAGUAUAAAUGCGGGCAAGAAAUGAGCAGGCAACGUAAAAGAUGCCCCGAGUCAAUCAGCAAUUAUACUAACAGGUUUGAGGGAAACAAAUCAUCCAACAAAAUUGUCAAAAAAGGCACAACAUAUUUCCCAAGAAGUUAGAAUAAAACCUGUUGACCUUUUCAGUGGUAAAGUAGUAGGCCCGCCAAGGAUCCUUUUGAAGAAAAACUCAACCCAUUCCAAAUCGAUAGCAUUAACGACAAGCUCGGCAAAGCGACGGGGCAAAAACAGUAGGAAGAGAUUCAGUGCCUCCAUUCAGCAUUCUGAGGAAAUAUUUGUGACAGCAUUGAAAUGGAACUUGAGCAGGAAUCAGAAUCGGAAAGAGACUCUAAGGCGAAAUUUGGCUAACUGAGUUAACUACAAAAGUAAACUACAGGCGGAGAGGUUUGAAGGCAAAAACGAAAGACGCAUAGGCCGGAUUCUCAAAAUUGAUGUUCCAAGGAAACCGAGUAUCUCAGUAUAAUCAUGCGGCAGUUCACAAACGCAUAGACCAUUUCGACUUUCAAAAACGGAACAAAACGAUAAGCGUUCUGCAAUGGCGUCGUUACGAUGCGGACACAUCAGUGAAGCUUAUACUAAUGUCUUCAUUUGUGUAUACCUUUUCUUAAUGAAAAAUUUUGCGACGCACGUAAACAAGCUGAUACUAAUCGUUUUGUAAGCGAAAAGAGUCCCUCAAUUAUCGUCGGUCACACUUGUGCGUAAGGAUAAAUUUGCAGAUAUUUGUAUAGUUACAUGAUCAGAAAACUCAUUAUAGAAUUACUUAGAAAGAAGCGAAGAAUGAGAAGGAGCGAAAAUACGCAAAAUGCCUGCUGCUUUAAGCGUAAAGACAUACCUAUUAAUGCACAUACAUUAUUAUGUACAGAGUUUGCUAAAUAUCCGAUACUUUAGUUCUCUUUACCCCAUUUGGAGCGUCCAAAACUUUUAUUUGGCGAAGCAUUUCAUAUUUUGAUUAAUUUUUUUUAGCUGUUAAAACAUAUAGGAUGAUCCAUCAAAUUUAGAACAAAUAUUGCCGGGUAAUUUGUCAUAGCAUAUAAUUAUGUCGGAAAACGUUACGUCGUUUUUCUUUUUUCUUCUAAAUGAUAUAUUAUGUUACUUUUUAACGAAUCCGCGCUGAGGUUGUAAAGUGCUCGGAUCAUCAUCAGUCGACAGUUUACGGCAUUGCAAAUAAGUGGCUGCAAUAGGAACAGAAACAGCUUCUAAGGACAGUACGAGGCUACUUUUAUAACAGAGGAAAAAUAGUACAGGUAAUUAACGCUGUCAAAAAGUGCUUUCCGGACAGUCGUUUUUUGUAUCAGGCCAUCAGCGACAAAAUUUAAUGUAAGUAAGGUUACAAUGUUACAAAUUGCUUAACAAAACAUUAGGGGUAUACGCCACAGGGCAUAAACAUCAAACAGAUGCUGAGACCUUAAAAAAUUCGGUAGACGUUGUUUGUUCCUCAAAUUUAUUUGGAAUGGGGUAGCAAGUCGUCUUUUUUCCGAAAUGUUUAUCAUCGAUGCAAAAACCAACCGCAGAAACAGCCGCUGGCCCGCUCACGAUUUGUAUGAUGUGGCUAUUUUUUGUAAAAGCGAUUCUCCGGCCGAUACUCUUGCUCUGAACAGGGCGUUUAGUCAAAAAAAUAUCAUAUGCCCAUGGUUCUUCCAAAAAGGCAAAUGUCUGAGUAAAGAAAUUUGUUUGCGCUACAAACUGUUAGGCGAUUGUUUAUAGCUGAAGUGUCUAAAGAAGGACCUUAUGUUUUGCGGGAAGAUGGUGCAUCGGCCCAUUUCAGCUUGUUAGAGCAGAGUUGGCUGCUUAAAAUAUGAGCAUUUUCUAGAAUAAGAACAUACGCCACCUUACAACUCAGAUUAAACCUUUUCGAUUGCCAUGCAUCGAGCGUGAUUAAGCGGUAAUGCAAGAGGUCCCGACAUGGCAGAGUCAACUCGUUCACUUGUGGUAUCAAAAAGGCGUUGGUACAUCUGCAAAAGAAGCAACGAACCUGCAAGCGGCCCAGGCCUCGAAGUAAAGCCGUAAUUGCGGUGAAUUAUGAUUACGUUAAAUUACUAUAUCACUUUUAUAUAACAUUAUAUAACAUUUCGUUCAAAUAUUUGCUAUUGUUUAGAUACGGUUUAAGAAACAAGACCAGGACCGGGCAACACGGACAUUUGCCGGACGAAGGCACGCUGUAGUUUUCAGAUCAAUUCAUUAAGCGUCUCCGUUCUCGCACAGAUGCGCUUGUUUGUCUUUUUUACCGACCUACGGCUUUAUAUAGUGAUUUCGGCCUAUUGACAGUCUGUUCUUUUACCGUUUUCAAACUUUCUUGGAGAAACGUUCUUUCUUUUUUGAUACUAGUUAUUAGCUCAGUGUUUCUUGCCACAUCUGUUCUACAGCUUGUUUUUAAUCUACCGCACUACUAUGGGAGAUCUUUCCUUCUAAUAAUUAUCUCUUUCUGAAUUUUUGAGACUCCAGAUGAGCUGUAAAAAAGUAGCCUCUUGGCGCAGUAAGAUGUGCAGACUGAUGUUGUUUACAUUAGGUUUGGCAAGAAACCGGUUACGGCCUUAACGACAAUGUCUAAUCAGUUGAAUCUGGUAGAUUAACUUUUAUUCCGUUCCGGUGUUAACAGGCAAGAUAGGUAGGGUAACUAGGGAAGUUCCGAGACAUAUUCGUAUUUUUCUUAUGCUCAAUUUGCACUCUGCAAAUAACGAUAGUGCCAAUUUUAAUAGGCUAUGUUGUUGACUGGAUAGCUAGGCCUAUUACCGGUGAAUCUACCAAACAUCUAGAUGUUAAACCUAUUAUUUGGAGGCCUUAAGAGUCUCGAAUUUCUCAUGGCGCGUGGCACUAUUUUCUCCAUACUCUUUUUUUGCCGUUAGUUUCAUCCUCCCGACUUUUACGGUCAAUGACAUCGGUCUUGUCUUCAAAACGGAUGAAAAAUUGACGUAAAUGACCAUUACGUUCAACGCGCUUGGGGUCCACCUGUAUGCAUAAAUUAGUCCGUAUUUUUAACUUUCUCGGUACCAAUGUCGGCAUAAUCAAAAUCGGUCUGUUUAGAAAAGAUGGAUACAGCAUAUAAUUCAGGUUCAUAAAACAACAGAUAUGUAAUGAAUGAAAAACAAUGAAGAGGACUAGAUAUAUACUUGUUACUAGGUCUUCGAUAGCAAAAGAAGGAGAUUACCUUAAGCUUCGGUUUUAAACAUUGAUUCACUUAAUGACAGCUAACAUAUUUUCUGUAAAGGCUAUUAAUUCUCUUGAUAGCAUCAUAGCUUAUUCUUCGGCGUUCUCUAUAAAUUCUGCGCAGCGUCUGUUCUAUUUGUUUUAGAUCCUAAAGAUGCAAUAUUAUAAAAAAAAACGCAUAGGGUACGUUUUACCCUGGAAAUCUCUUAAAGGUUAUGUGAAUGCAGUAGGAAGUAGAAUAUUUGUCAAUAUAAUAUGAUAUAUAACAUGUAAUGAUAUGUAGAAGACGAGAGGCAUUAUCUACAUAUUCUCGAGCGUAUUGCAUUGUAUCUUACCUUCUGUAAUACGCUUCUCCAUCGGAUUAAAAUUAAUCAUCUUAAUUUUUAUCUUACGGCUUACAAAAGUUUUAUGUUGCUGACAUUUACCUAUUGUUGCAAGGUUUGGCGAUCUUGCCUAAAGAAAUACAUUGAUGACGUUGAAAAAUUCCAAAAUACCUUUUUGAAAAAAAUGCGCUACAGCGUAAUAUGAAUUGCAACCGAUUUGAAACUUUGAAACCGAUAAAACUUUGAUAAAAAAGAUGACGUAAAAUAUUUAAAAAGGAGAGGGCGAAUGAAUUAUACAUCGAUUAUAAUUGCAUGGACUACAUAAUGAUAAUAUGUUUGCGUGGAUGAUGUUACGUGGAGGACGAGAGACAAGCACGGCAAGACAAGUAAUUGCAUAAGUAAUUCAUGUUUGUCUAAUACAUGACAUGUUAUAGAAACCGCCUUCUUUCUCAAUUGUAUCUGUCAUAGUACACUAAGGAUGGCUUCUAAAAAAAAGAUUUGUUUUUUCUAUCUUUGUAAAAUUGCACAAUAAAAAAAUGAGGCUUGGGCUUGAUUUAGCUAGGGUGACCCUUUCGCGAUGUUCGCUGAUCUGUUCAAUCAAUCUCUCCUUUCUUUUUGGUUAGUCGUUUGUUUCCACGCCCUUCCAACUCGAACACGAAAAUAUGGAACACAAUGCCGCUGACAAUGUGAUUAGAUAUUGCAGUCACUUCUUGCAUUCGUUGGGUAUUUCUUUGCCCUGUCUUGAGUGGUAGCAUACAUCUAACUUUUCGACCAAAAGUUCGACGAUUUUCGACCAAAAAUUCCCCUUGUUUUUUGCAUUGGUACAUUAAGGUCGCUUUUUCUCAGAUGGGUUUGCUGAUGUCUCCGUGGUCGGCAAAUAGCUAUCUUGACCGUUCUUUGUUAGCGGUCAGCCUGACGUUGUCUCAUCCUAGUCGUUCCUCCGAUACAGCUAAGGGGCAGCGAUGUAUACAACUAGGUCAGUUUGCCGAGGAGAGCUUUGUCGGACCCUCGACACCCUAAAACGAUCUAGGACCGUGAUCCUUUUGCAUAUUUUUUCUCAGUCAGUAUGUCUUUGUUGCUAGUCACACGUCCCCGGUGUAUGUUUCACAGAAAUGAUACUGAGGGACUCUGCAGUCUUUGCUGUUAUCUGCGUAACAGCCAACAAUUUCUUCAUAUAAUAAUUGCAUAGAACUUGCGAGACAAAGUAGCCUCCUCAUUUUGAUAUUUCUGAGUUUUUAAUCAUCGUGCAAAUUGUAUCCGUAGAAAAGUGUUUACGAUGAUUUAGAAGUUCUUGCGGAACAUGAACUGAACUUCCUCGCCCUCUAAAGAAACCUUUCGUAACGACAAGUAUAUCAUUGCUGAAUGCAGAGUAAGGGCUUCCAGAAAAGUGUAUAAUAGUUUACAUUGUAUGACUCAGCAAUAGAAUUUUGAGGCAAGUUUCCGAAAUUUCAUGUGCUAACUUCAUUCGGUAUUUCGUCACUCUGUAUGAAGAAACUUAUUUUUCAUGUUCACUUUUUACCUUUCGAUAAGCGAAAUUUUGAUAACUCUGUUCCUAUGCUUUUAAAUUUUACGGGCAGAACGGUAAGGUCUCAAAAUAAUUCAGACACAGAAGAAGGCGAUCUAAGUUAACUUAGUUCCACAUAGUUCGAGAUUAGCUUUACGAAACACAAUUAGUCAAUAUUCAUUAAGAACUUGAAAAGUUUUAGCUUAAAAAUAAAUUUUACACGAUCCUAUUUAAAACAUAUAUACGUUGUAAAUUUAUGCGUUUAUUUAUAUGCUACACAACAGAUGUGUUGAAACUGGGUAUCGGUAAAGGAAGUCGGAAAACAGUUAUGAGGUACGACGAACGUUUUCUUUCUUUUUUCCCGUUUAGAUUUUUGAUCAGUCUGCUGUUAAUACUUAAAUCUUGAGGUUCAAGUACUUUUUAUACAAACACACAAUACACGGAGGCCGCAUCGUUUAGAAGCAAUCUGGAUUCAUUUAUAUUUAUUAAAAAGUUACGUAAAACACUUGUAUCGCCCGGUUAAUAUCGCCCGCAUAUCGCACACUCGAGAAAAGAAACACACUGAAGAGAUAAUUUUUACCAUUUAAUUUAUUCCCGCUAAUAAUGAUGAAAACAUAAGUAGGAUUAAAUAAUAAAACUACCUAUCUUAAACUAUCUUUACUCGCUUCGACAUGCCUGAGCAGCUUUUCUCUUGCCUUAUGUUGUUCUUGUUGUUUCUUCGGCAUUAGCACGCUAGAUAAAUGCUCACAUGUUAAACGUGAAUCACAUGUGAAACGACGAGAGUUCCUUCUAAACUCUCGUCGUAUUCUCUGGCCCGGCUAUUUGUUGUCGACCAGGUCGUUUUUCGUUGACCGAGCAUGAUUUUCCAAUAUAUAUAUAUAUAUAUAUAUAUAUCUAUAUAUUGACGAUGCUCGUGACGAUGGUAACAACAAUAAAACUAGUAGAUUACGCUGACCAUGCCAUGUACUAAAACAUAGUAAUUGUAUUACUAACAACUAAGAAAAUGCGGAUAAAAGAUGGAUAUAAUAUAUGCGGAUAAAUUUUACCUAAGCCACAGCAGCAUGCGCAAUUAUAUGCCAAUUGUCCCGAUAAGUCCCGAUGUGUAAAGGUGAAACAGAAUAUUCGAAAAGUAGAAUUUUUAGUUAGUUUAUAGAAAUGACAUGUAGUUUGAUAUUCAUACAAUAAUAACACGUCGUUACUGUUUGAAUAUCAGGUACCAUGUAAACGAACACGGUCGUUUUGCUAAUUCCUGCCUUUUUCAUCCGCGUCGUUGCUAUCACAUACAAAGCUAUGACCAUAGGUUUUUUUGAAAUUUAUUAGGGCGUACGCAUUUUCUCACAUUUUCUCUUCCGUACGAUGUCUUCAUGUGCUAUGUGAUGUGUCUUUGCGAUGCGUGUUUAUGUGAUGCAAAAAAAUAUGAAAUAUGGCUCUUAGGAGCGGUACACAAUAUCUUACAAGCACGCUUUGUUGCAAAUAUUUGUCCAGCCUGCGCCACCGUCUUGCCAAGAGAAAUCUUUAUUGCACUCGUUUUCACAUCAUACCACUUUGGUAUUACAGUUAGUACAACAGCUUGAUUUUUAAGGAAACAAUAGGCAUCUUUGAAAGAUUAAAACAGGAUUCUCCCAAAAGUUGCAUAGGUUAAAUGGCUUCAGUUUAUAGUUUAGAUACAUAAGUUAAGUGUUCACAGUGGCAAAACUAUGUUUUGCUUACGUAGGCCAAGAACUUCAACGGUUGAUUUAACUGUUGUUGCUUCUCUCGAGUCAGAAAAAAUAAAAGCUACAUUCGUUAUAUGAACAGUUACUGCAUUAUUGAAAUCGAACGAACCUAAUAAAAGAUUGAAGCUAAUGAUGGUAAUUCAAUUCGGUAAAUAGUUUCUGGCUUAAUAGAAUGUUGUUAUGUGCCAAAUGAUUUUUCAGAAUUCGUGAAUCCAUCGUACAUUAUGCUAUUGAUUUUUGUGGCACUAGGAGCGUCAAGCUACGGUCUUGUCAGUAUAGGACCGUUUUGCGCUUAAUCCUUACUUUUGCUAUAACUUGCAACACUAAGCAUCGACUCUAUGUAGGACUAUACGCAUAUAUGGCUCACCUCGUUUUGUCUAAUAAAGGAAUGCUUGUUUUUUUCCAAUGUUUUUAUGAGUUUUAUGUAGAUUUUAUCAAAAAUGUGCAUUUUCUGUUCUGUAAAUGUGAUACCCUUCUGUAAGGUUAGUACAACCUCGACUGAAAAUCAAGUUAACAUAGUUAAAAGUAAAUUACAGACAUCUAUAACGAUUGCCGAGGAAUAACUUAAGAACCAUACGGAAAUACAAAUCGCAAACGCUUGUUGUGUUGUCUGCUCCAGAAGAUGAUGCGAAGUCAUUACAAACAAUUCCCGAACACUGCAAUAUUAUUAUAAUAUCAAAGAAAUAUUGCCACAAAGCUUCGCAGAACCGGUCUGUUUAUUCGCAAAUAUCGUUAUUUGCAGUCCUGUUGUUCCCGGAACAUUUGGCUUGGUUAACAAGGGAGAGGAGUGGAGAAUAAUACAAUAGUCGUUGACAAAAUGUCUAGUAUAGGUCUGUAGUUAUGUUAUCUUGAACAUGACAUCAUCCUUUAAAUCGCUGUCAGGUAAUUAGAAGACUUCCGCUUGAAAUACGAUUAAUUUAAUUAACAUCAAGACCAAUUUAGAUUAAGCACGUGAUUCAGAUAACGAAAACAAGCAAAAAUAAUCGGGUCAUAAUAUAACGAAACUUAAAAACACAUUACAAAACCUCGUAUAAAACCAGACAUCUGAUGUACAGGAUUCUAUUGUUCCCUUAAGGAACAUAGCGUAUAUGUUCAUAAGGAAAAGAGGAAACAUACCCCAGAGCACAGGAAAACGGACUGUUCGUUACAAUACAGACUACAACAACAUCAAUUUCCGAUACAUUUCAAAACGAGCAAAAUGAAAGUGAGUAGAUUUUGCGGUAAGUGACCACUCUUGCAUGAACUAAUAUUACAUUAUAUGCUGCAAUCAAUUUUAUGAAGAAAUUAUUUUUAUGCGAAUUUGAACUGAGUGAAAAAUUUCGUGUUACGUAACGAAGCAUUUUAAGACGCACAACGGUUAAAUAAAGGUAGGCUAGGUGCUUGCUAGAUAGGCGCUAGCAAUCCCGUACGGAUUCAACUUCUUUCGAAAUAAUCCUAAGCAGACACGGCAAGCGAACUGUAGUAAUACAUAUUUUCCCCAGUGGUCAAGGGAAAGCAACUUUCCAUGAAGUUCAAACACUUCUGUUGCAUAGAACGGAGCCAGUCGCAAAUUGAAAAAAAGAUUUGCUGUUAUUUUUGUGGUCGAAAAGUUCCACCGGUACUUGAUGCUGUAAUAUUAAGUUUGUUAUUUAUAUUUUACCAGAGUUCUCAAAAAAGAGAAAAUGUAAUAUUGAAACGAAUUUGGAUAAGGGCUUUGCUCUACAGGUUCUACACUGUUAAUCAUACUCCAACAAAAUUCAAGUUGAGACAUCGAUAAAGAACAUGUAAAGAGCGGUAAUAAACUACAUGGAAGAAAAUAAGUGCUAAAGGCCCUUUUUCGAAUUACAAUAAUCGCAAUCAUAACUUCCACUCAAAAGGUGGCUACUUUUUGGAUAAUUAACUGUGACAUGAACUCGUUUGUGAGUUAAAAUCUUCUCAACGCUUUACAAUGGAUACCAGGUGAAUUCUACACAUGAAGCAAUUUGCAAAGAUUUAUCUAUCGGAACUUAAUUAAUCAGGACAAAGAAGAAAAGGUGGCCCCAGGCGGUGAAGUAAGCGACGGAAAGGGAGGUGUGGUCGCUAAGCUCGAUGCGAGAAAAGACAGCCUUAUAUUGUAUGAAAUCUCUAGAUUCAGACUGUAGAGACUGUAGAGGAGGACGGCGGGACUUCUACGCCCAUGUUUUGCAAUGCAGGAGAGCCGGGACCAUUGGAGGAUUGGGGUGACGCCGCGCAGCUACGAAGUCGGUGGCCAAUUGAUAGGCGUCACAGCAACGUUUUCUUCGGCAAAGAGCUAUGAGUGCACGCAAGUUUCGCAUCAUUUCUGAUUCCGAAGAGGAGGAUAAUGAUAUUGGUCCACAGAGCGGCCAUGGAGUGGCCGUAAGAAGCUCACCGCAGUCAGUACUGGAAAGUGAAAGUGACAAAAGUUAUAAAAGCAACGAUAGUGGUACAACUGGUUUCAGAGGUUCGAAAAAACUAAAGAAACGGAGAGCCCGGCUCGACUCAGAUGAUGACGAUUCGGAAUCUGAAAAAGCAGAAAGUGGAGUUCUCACCACGAAUAGAAAUGAGUCGCUGGACACUGGAGCGUCUGAAGACGAGACGAGCCAUUUGAGUCGCGAAAAUUGCAUAUUCAACGAUGAACAAGAUCAUGCCAACAACAACGAUGGCGAUGAUGAUUUCAACAGACAGUACAGAUGCAACGAGCCGCAUAGUCAAGAGCAAAGGCAAAGGGGCGACAAUGACGACGAUCAUGAUAAUUCCUCAGAAAGAAUGACUUCAGAGGAGGACGGAAACGAUGGGCCAGACGAGAAUCAACAAGAUGAAGGCAAUCAGGAGAACAACGAUGAUGGCGAUGACAGGAGAGCUGUCAAAGAGGCCAGUGGACGAAUGGUUGCUACAAAACGCGUUGUAAAAAAUCCUCAACCGAAACUGGAUGUUACGAGACUGACAGGGGAGCGCGGACUUGGACAACUUCGAAAUAUGCAUCCACAUAUUCGAUUGAAAGGAAAAGGUCAUGAGAAAGAAGACCUGCGCUGUAUCUUACAUCAUCUUCAGCUGUGGGGCCAUCGUAUGUUUCCGCGUAUGCAGAUGAAGGACAUCUUUGAAAGAUGUGAGAGACUUGGCACCAAGAUGCCUGUCAAGGUCUACCUCCGCAAAAUGCGCACGGGACAGAUUUAUGAUUUUAACCAACCUGUUAUCGAGGACGAAGAUGAUAUCCUGGGUACAGAGGGUAAACAUGCUCCUGAUGAUGAUAAUCAUCGUCCUGCAGAUAAAAACGGCGUCGAUAAUGCAACCAUACUGGAGGAUGGUCGCGAUCUCUUCGAACAGCUUGUGGCCUCGGAAACCACUAAUCCAAAUCUUGAGAAUUGUGAUCCUACCUUUUCAUAUAAAAUUUCGUCAGAUAAUUCCGAGCCGACUAUAAUGGUUAGCGACGAUCUCCGGGCCCAGAUCGCAGUUAAACGCCUUAAAGCUCUGCAGAAAAGAGAGCAAAUCAGGAGGGAGCGGGAACAGUCGCAGCAACAAAGUCUAGAAGUUGAGCAAAUGAUGAUAGGGUGACAAAGCUGGAAAAAUGGAACUUGAUCAGCAAACAGAUAUACAAAUUAAGAUAGCGUUGUAGUUUGUUUGGAUGAGCGAACUCUUCCAAGGGAAAGGGAUAGAGGUGAAAGCGUUAUUUGCUAAAGGGAUAUUUUUAAAUGCUUUGACAGUGCAACUUGAACACCACCGAAGCACUGCAAAAUUAUAAAGCAUAUUUUUUUUUUACAGAAAAUGUGAUUUUGCCCGGGCUACAUGAAUUGACGAAGUGACUGUUGUUAAAAUCCGCAAUUUUUUUUCCAAUUUGCUGAUGAAACAAAUCAUACCCAAGGACGAAUCUUGAAGUGAAGAAUAUUCACAGAUACGUAAUAGAGAUAAAUUCAUGGCAAUGAACGUAUGUGGUACGAAGCGAAGAGUGAUUUUUAUAAACUAGCUUUACCAAUGUUUUGGCGAUCACCUAUUUCUGCAGUCGAUGAACGAAGUUGAGAAAAUGCCGCUUCCGAAUAUCUAAGCUUCUCUUGCAAAAAUGCAUUAGGCAUCUAUGAAUAUGCAUCUCGCACAUACUCUGCUGAAAAACAACGUACGGGGAGCUGCAUUAGCUUGUAAGAAUUACAAUGACAAAAAGCAUUUUAUGAUAGAAAAAAAUUAGAUUUCGUCAAUGUAUUUAUAUUCUAAUACAUGAAAAACCAUUAUUUAGAACUGAUUUACGAUUGCGCGCCAUUUCUCAAAAACAGCCUAAAAUUUCCUACUUUGCAUGCGUUUAAUGGAAGCAACAUUGGUUAGUUAGGUAACAGUAAUUUCGCUUCAAAUAAGCACGUACAAUACAGCCGUAUUGAAUCGAUGCGCUUUAUAAAAUGAAGUUGCAGCUGAGCGAAACAGUGUGCGAAGUAUUAUCGCAACUGAAUUUAAAACUACAUUGCUUCUCCUCAUUUGUGUAUUUCUACUCCUAAAUUUGACUUCGUUAUGUUCGAUUUAUUAGGAAGCAAUUGUUUUUUCGUGUACUAAAAAUUUUUCGAAGCGGCUAACAUCUUAAUUGUUUUUCUUUAUCGUUUACGUGUUUCCUCUACUGUUCGUUAUACGGACGAAUUUUUCGGCGAAAAAUACAGACAUGCAUCAAAGCGAUUCAACUGUUGAGCUUGAUUUUUUCUACAGCAGUCCGAUACAAAAGUGGCAAGCCGAUUAGACCCAGAAAAAUUGACUCGAUCCUUCAUUAUUCAUUCGAUAUAUCAUCAUUUAUCCGGGCGCGGAUGUCUCAUAAAGGGCUCGGUCUUAUUAUGAUAUGUAGGUGCUGACUCGUCCAAAAGUACAUAGUUAAGGUUAAAGAGACUGACGUAGAUCCCUGCCUCAUAUGCACUUUUGGAGAAUUGGACGGAGUGGAGCCCUGAUUUCCCUCCUUCCGGGUAAACCCAUUGAUUGCUGUCACUAGCCGAAGUAAUAGUUCCAGAUAAUCGCCUAAGUUACGGGUUUCUAGUAGGUGUGGAUUUCACAGUGAUAAGCGAAUAUCUUAGAUGUGGAACAUCAUCUGCGCUCAAACAAUUUAGCCCUUAAACUCUCUAAUACUUUAAAAAAAAUAAAAAAUCAGGGUGCUUCACCCCAUAUAGCAUAUUUAAGUUUCGGCGCGCGGGGGCAACAAAAAUACGAAUUCUGGGAGCCUCGAGUUCAAAAAAAAGACAAAGUGGCACGUUAAUGUAACUGGUAGAGCCAAUUAAUCGGGUGAUGCUGGGCUAAUAAACUCAACAAAGUCAGCAUCACAUCGAGAUUGAUUAAAUGACUUAGAAUAUCAUGUUGCUCCGAGAAAUUUUAAAAAAGAUAAUAUUUAAUUUUGAGAUUUUUAUUUAAAGCCUUUAUUUAAAGAAAGAUUACAUUAUUAUAGUUAGAUUAAUUUAACAUUAGCCGGUUGAUCCUCAAAGUUAGUUAAUGAUUUGGGGUUGGCAAUAGACCCCGGCAGUGGAUAAACAGGACAUUCACACACAUCACAAAUAUAAAUAGAUUCACUAUGGAAUCUUAAAGAAAUCCACGUGCUGCUAAAAUACCACUCGAGACUGCACUACAGAUGUGCACAGUCAACAAACGACGACGUCAACAAACAGUCGACGAGAAUUUGAAUCCAUCACAAACAACAGGAAAUAAUCCUAAAUCAGAGAUAUCACCUACCGAUACAUCGUGUAAGCGGCUACUGAAUGCUUUUGUGAUAAUAGUUAGGACCAUAUAAAAAAUAGUGAAAAAGAGUCCUUUUUAGAGUUACCUUUUAGGCAGUCGAUAUAGUUCCGACAUAGUUGCAGAGAAGCGGGCUUUAGAUCGCAAAUGCCUAAUUAUCAAGAUUUCCAUAUCGAACAAAUUUUGUCUUUUUUUUUAUUACUCCUAUAACGGUACCUUACAAGCAAAUAAAAUCCAUCUGGAAGUUGUA